AUGGGAGCCAGGCACCUCCAGCUUUGCCUUCGUGAUGCCUGGCCAGUCCUUGUAAUCUUUCCAUCUUCUUUGCGAUUACAUUGGGCAACUGCUAUUCAGAGCUGGCUUAACAUCCCUAUGGAAGAUAUCUUGGUGGUAUUGCCACAUACUGGAGGAUCACAUAAAGCAGGAUUCAGAGUGGUUUACUCAAACAAUAAAGGAGAUUUUCACUUGGAUGGGGCAUUCAACGUCAUAUCUUAUGAUAUUGUUAUAGCUGAUGAAUCACAUUUUAUGAAGAAUGGCCAAGCGAAGAGAACGAUUGCUUCACUUCCUGUUUUGCAGAAAGCUCAAUAUGUUGUUUUGCUUAGUGGAACUCCUGCUUUGUCUCGCCCAAUUGAGCUCUUUACUCAGAUCCAGGCCUUGUAUCCUACAGUGUACAAGAAUGUUAAUGAGUAUGGCAAUAGAUAUUGCAAGGGUGUUUUUUUCGGGUUGUAUCAAGGUGCUAGCAAUCACGAGGAGCUGCAUAAUUUGAUGAAAGCAACUGUCAUGAUCCGUAGGUUGAAGAAAGAUGUCCUUUCACAGUUGCCUGUUAAACGUAGACAACAGGUCUUUCUAGAUUUAAGUGAGAAAGAUGUGAAAAAUGUCCGUGCUCUGUUUAUUGAGUUGGAGACUUUGAAGAUCAAAAUUGAGUCCUCUGACUCCAAAGAGAUGAUCGACUCUCUCAGAUUUGCUUACCAGAAUAUUGUCAAUAAGAUCUAUACUGAUUCAGCUGUAGCCAAAAUUCCAGCUGUGUUGGAUUUCCUGGGUACUAUGAUUGAGGCAGGUUGCAAGUUCUUAAUAUUUGCUCAUCACCAACCCAUGAUUGAUGCCAUUGAGCAACAUCUUUUGAAUAAGAAAGUAAAGUGUAUCAAAAUUGAUGGCAAGACACCUUUAACUACAAGACAAACCUUAGUCACAGAUUUCCAAGAGAACGAUGACAUCAAGGCAGCAGUGUUAUCCAUCAAAGCCGGAGGCUAUGGGAUAACUUUGACAGCAGCGAGCACAGUAAUCUUUGCUGAGUUGUCAUGGACUCCUGGGGACAUCAUUCAAGCUGAAGAUCGUGCUCAUCGGAUUGGUCAGGUUUCAUCAGUCAACGUAUAUUAUCUUCUCGCGAACGGUACUGUAGAUGAUCUUAUGUGGGACGCCGUUCAAGGCAAACUUGAGAAUCUGGGGCAGAUGCUGGACGGGCAGGAGAACACGCUGGAUGUUUCCCAGAUUGAUUGCAGGCCAAGUCCCUCGAAGCAGCGGAAGGCACUGGACGGCUAG